AACACAAAAAAAGACACCAAUGGAAAUGCCGGCAAAAUUAUCACUCUCUCUCUCUCUCCACCUGAUAUUAUCGAUGUCCGAAUCUCUCAACAUAUAUACUUCAACUCUCUCUUGUGUUCUCAGCCAAAAUCUCUCUCUCUCUCUCUCUCGAUCUCUGUGCGUGUGUUGCGUGGUUGAGGGCUGUGCCAUGGGCGACAGGAUCAGAUUCAGGAGAGACACUUCAAGAGAAAGCAAAGGGUCUGUAACCCUGCAAAAGAAACUGGUGGAGAGUACUCGGCGCAAAGCAGAACCUGCUCCGGACCUGACAGAUUUCAUGAACGACUUGUUCUUUGGGGCGGCGAAUGCGGAUAAAAAGGUCUAUAACUUGACAGGCGAUCAGGGUGUCCUGGACGAGGAGGAUGAGGAUUUUGAUAGCAGCACUAGAAGCAAUAGCAGCAGGAUGACUCAACAAUGGCUUGAAGAGGCCAGGCGCAUGGUUGCUUCAUCUCCAACACGCUGUGACUCCCCAUCUAAGCUUAUCGGCUCACCGAGAUUCGCCGCCGCUCAAGGAUCGCCGGCAUUCCUGGAUCGGAGAGAUCCUGUCUCUAGGUCUGCCAGAAGGAACAGAGCAGUGGAGAGCUUCAGCGGAGAAAUCCUCUCCAAAUCAGCAAAACACAAUCGCAAAAACUCAGAAACCACCCUCUCCACCACCACCACAACACCAGACUUAUCCCCAGCUUCGGCGGUCCAUAAAUGGUUCUCCAACAUCCUCAAGCCCACCAAUCCCUCACACACCCCAGACCCCACUCCCGAUCCAACGGCCCUUACUCUGCCACCUUCUCGCCAGCCCAUCAACCGCAAGUCCCGCUUCCAGACCGACCCCUCUUCUCCUCACCCGCCGGGAAUCCCAGUCCCCCCCUCUCGCCGAACCUUCAAGAGCUCAACGCCAUUGCCAGAUACCCAUCUCCUCUCCCCGCCGAAAAGCCUCACCGAAUCGACAUGUUCUUUGCCGGAAAAUCCGGUUCUGUCGCCGCCCAGGAAACUCGUGGAGUCCGCGCACCGAAGGUCGAUAUCUUCGUCGACGUGUUCAAUGGACAAGAUUGCGCCGAAGCACAACGCUAGGCAUGGAGGGUUGAAGGAAGAGAAAGGAGCUUCUGGUGACAAUAGUCUUAAUGGGUUUUUGAAGCAGCAGAGGAUCAAGCUUGAGAAAGUCUUAAAUAGGGAGAUUGAGGCCAAGACCAAAAUUGUGCUCUCUAGGCCUUCAAACAGUACCAGUUCAAUGGUGGCGGCGAUAUGUUACACGUGGCUAUUGGAGAAUAGGAUGAGUAAGAAUAAGGGAGAGGGGUUUGUGGUGGUGCCUGUGAUGAAUGUGACUAGAGGGAGCAUGUGGAAGCAUAAACAGGCUGCUUGGCUGUUUCAUCAUGCUGAUGUAGAUGCAACCUCAAUGCUUUUUUCUGAUGAGGUGGACUUGGAGACUCUAAUGAUGGCUGAGAAAUUAAGUAUCCUUGUGGUUGGGCAAGAUGUCCUCAGAACUAAUGGCGAGGUUAGAUCCCAGUGCACCAUUCUUACAGAUAAUUACUGUGAAGAUGCUUAUGAUCUGCUUCAAACACCUGCGCUGAAGAAACUUUUGCUUGCAGGUAUCCUAUUAGACACACAGAAUUUGAAUGCAUCUGAUAAAUUAUCUAUGACAAGAGACUCAGAGGCAAUUCAGUUGCUAUUGGUUGGCUCAGCCCCCAAUUACAGAUAUGCUCUUUUUGAUCAACUAAUGCAAGAUCAAAGAGAUGCAUCUUUUCUUGAAGCUCUGAGGCACAACUAUGGGAAGCCUCCUACAGAGAGUGACUGUGAUAGCAUGGCACAUGUGGAGCAUAAGGUUAUAGAGAGGAAGUCAACCUCAAUAUCUCAGCACAAAGACAUCAUACAUAAUCUGGACAAGAAUCCUAGCAAUGUGAGAAGUUCAAAUACUAACAGGGCUUCACCAAAAUCAGCCAAGCCUAGUUCAUCACCUGCGCAACCUCCUCAAGCACAAACAGCAUCUGAAGACUCUCGUGAAAAGCCUAAGUUCUUCCUGGCAAAGUGGUUUGGUUUUGGAUCAAAAAAAUGAAAAGAAAUAGUAUGCUCAACAAACUGAUAAAUUGGUCCCUCAAAUUGUUACUUAAUAAUCUGAGUGCUUGGAUGUCCUUUGGCUGCAUUAUAUCCUGAGGAGGAGUGCCACAAAAAAUGUCUCAAGAAGAAUAUUGUAUAAAGUCCUCAAGCACAAACAGCAUCUGAAGACUCUCGUGAAAAGCCUAAGUUCUUCCUGGCAAAGUGGUUUGGUUUUGGAUCAAAAAAAUGAAAAGAAAUAGUAUGCUCAACAAACUGAUAAAUUGGUCCCUCAAAUUGUUACUUAAUAAUCUGAGUGCUUGGAUGUCCUUUGGCUGCAUUAUAUCCUGAGGAGGAGUGCCACAAAAAAUGUCUCAAGAAGAAUAUUGUAUAAAGUCUUAGUUGCUAUGCCUAUUCUAUUAUUGUUUUUGUAUCAGACAAUAAUGCUCAAAAGCUGCCAACGGUUUUCCAUUGGUAACAUCAGCUCACGCUAUUAUAUAACUCUGUU